CAAAGGGAGUUACAGUUCCAGUCCAGUGGCUGUCUAACUUUUCAGAAAUUGUCACUUGUGAUCCCAAGUUCCCAACAACACAUGCCAGUAAAAUCCUUUCCUCGUCCAGUUCAGUGUCCUCAAGAAUCAUUGCUGAAAAUUACAUCCUCAAGAACCAUUGCUGUGCUCUUUCACUUCAACUACUAUUGGUGCUUUUUCAGAUUGUUGCAGCUGUGAACUCUGCGAACUCUGGAUGGCCUGCCUUCAAUGAUAAUGGUAGAUGUGUUGGUCUUGCAUUUCAAUCUUUGAAACAUGAAGAUGUGGAGAAUACUGGUUAUGUCAUCCCAAGACUAAUAAUAGCAUGCUUCAUUCAGGAUUAUGAGAAGAAUGGGAAAUAUACAGGUAUUUUUAGGUCUAGUGCUCUUUCUACUUGGUUUGUUUUAGAAUUUGUGUGUGUAGCUUCAUGAAUAUUCAAGUUUGCUCAUUUCUUAUUACUGUCUUGUCCUCUUUGGCCACUUACACGGUUCCAAGGUUCCUAAUCGUUGGAAUUGAGUAGCCAAAGAAGGAAAAUCCUCAUUUACACAUGGUAGUGGGAAUGAAAUCAGAUUAGACGGGUGCUUAACUGUUCAUAUUAGCUAAUAGCUCCAGAAUCUCAUGUUCUGAAGCCAUCCGAUGUUAUCCUCAGUGUUGAAUGUUGUUGGUGUAAAUAUGGCUAACGAUGGAACAG